GAUACUGUUAGUGUUAUGGUAGUGUGGAUGUGAUAGCGACACAAGAUCACAUGCAUAUUUGCUCACUUGAUAACAGAACUAUUUAUCUUGUAGAUCUACAAUAUCAAGAUGAUGGAUCUGGACUCCAUGCUGAAGGACCUGGGACAGUUUGGCAAGUACCAGGCGUUCUGCUUCACAGUACUUAUGUUCCCUGUCAUCAUGUGUGGUUUCCGGUCCACGGAGUACAUCUUCACCACAAUGAGCAUACCACACAGAUGUCUCGUCCCCGAGUGCGAGGACUCCCCCAAAACAGCAGACUUCAAAGCACCCUGGCUCCAUGCAGCAGUUCCUUUCACUGAUCGAGCAAACAACCACAUUCCACACGAGUGUCUGCGAUAUCAACCUCUGUCUGCGGCUGCGGUCAAUAACCAAACCGUGUGUUCUGCUGACAUAUUCAACAAGAGUGCGACGGUCUCUUGUGAUGACUGGGUGUUCUCUGAACCGACCAAAACCAUAGGAACAGAUUUUAAAAUCCUCUGUCCUGGUGAUCUGUGGAAGCUCACACUCAUCAGUAGUGUUUUUGUGUUGCCAAGCUUCAUCGGCAUUCCGGUUGCGGGAUUAAUAUCUGACAGGGUUGGCCGGAAGACAGUACUGGUAUGCAGCUGUGUAUUUCUGGCUGUGACUGGAAUUAUCAGAUCUUUCUCUGUGAACUACACAAUGUCACUCAUUAUGGAGAGUUUGGAUGGAUUCAUGGCAGGAGCUGUGUACUCUCCUGCUUUCAUUCUCGGUCUGGAGAUUCUGGCCCCCCAAAAGCGUCUGCUGGGCAGUUUGCUGAUCAACGUCUACUUCGCCCUGGGAGAGGUAGUGCUAGCCCUGGUGAUGUGGGCCACGGCUGACUGGAGACUGAUGCUGCGAGUUCUCUACAUACCUUCACUGCUGCUGGUGCUCAUGCAUUGGUUGCUUCCAGAGUCAGUUAGAUGGUUGCACACUCAGGAUAGAAUUGAAGACAUUGAGAAAAUCUUCAGUAGGAUGGCCAAAAUGAACAACACUGAAGACAAGUUGCCGAGUGUUCUGAGCCAGCUGCGUAACGCGCACACUCAGGACAAAAGCCUGAAACCACCAGAGCAGUCAGAAAAAGCCCCAAAAGCCAGCCGACUAACAACGGUUUUGAAAUCUCGCAUCAUCAUGGGGCGAUUCAUCGCCCUCGCCUUCUGUUGGAUGGCCUCCAUCUUCUCCUACUACGGUAUCUCCCAGUACACCACCUUGUUUGAGAGCAGCAACCGCUACGUGUCCUUCCUAUUGGUCAGCCUGAUAGAGGUACCAGCCUAUGUUGCCAGUCUGUGGCUACCUGAUUGGCCAUUGCUGGGUAGACAAGGCACCACCGCGUGGUCGUUCUUCCUCUGUGGCGUAACUUGCUUUCUUCUCAUGUUUGUUAGCAAGGGUCAAGUAGUGUUGAGCCUGUUCUUGUUCCUCACGUCCAAGUUCGCCUCUACUUUGACACUGACGGUGUUGUACGUCUACACAGCAGAAUUGUUCCCAACAGAGUUGCGUCACACGCUGCUGGCCUUCUGCUCCAUGGUGGGACGAGUUGGCUCUGUUCUCUCUCAACAGACACCUCUCAUUAGUUCGUACUUUGAUCCGAUGAUAUUAUUUUCCCUGAUCUCAAUUUUGGGUGGAAUUUUCACCCUGACCUGCCCUGAAACUCUCAACACAACUCUUCCUGAUACCAUCGAGGAAGCUGAGAAGAUUGGGCAGCCUCAACAAAAACAAGGACAAACUGUACCUCCUGAGGCGCAGAAGUAUUGAUAUCACUUAUACAUUUAUCAUAAUUUCAUGAUGGUUUUAUAGCUUUUAGAUUGUUAAUAAGUAUUGAAAAUUGUACAGAUAUCAGCUUUACAGUAAUCCAAAUACUGUAAUCAGCAACUAAUUGUUUAAGGCAACACCAUCCUUUGGCUACACUUGGACAUAAUGUAUAUUCUUAUUCUUGUACAUGUAACCAUGGAUAACACAUACUCCCUUAGUAGAUUUCUCAUCCUUAUGGAACCGCUAUGGCUACUAACAAGCCAAUUUUAUUGUUUGUUUUGUCCGGUACACUGUAGAGGUAGAGUUUUGUAAAAAAAUUUGUUUCUUGUUAUUUCAGUAAAUAAAAACCUUGUUUAACCAAAUAAAACGAUAUAAUCAUGAACAAUAACUUGCCCCCUAGUUAUAUAGGUAACCAAACAGUAAAGCACAAAUCAUUAAAUUAACCCUAAAAUAAAGGGUGUCCCAGUAAGAACGCCGGAUUUCAGGAGCGUCUUAUCCUUAUCUGUAUUUCAAUAGGAAUUCCCAAAUUAUCAGCGAUGUUAUCAGUAUUAUGUCCCAUUUGUAGUCAUGAAUCGUUACAUGACGGAUCAACGCGUGGUCAUAGUUAAAGUGCACUACAAGUACGGGGAAUGUUUCGCUGAAACGGUGCGGAAGCUGCGCGCUAUUUUCGCCUGGGAUAAUGCACAAAAUGAGUCAACUGUCUGAAAAUUAAUUUCUAAGUUCGAAGGAAUUGGCUCAGUUUUGGACAUUAAAAGACCAAUGCGUAGUCGGGCAGGUCGUUCCCUUGAAAAUAUUGAUGCUGUACAUGAUAGUGUAGAGGACAACGCAAGAACAUCGAUUCGUCGGCGUAGUCAGCAGUUGGGCCUAGCUCGGAGCACAGUACAAAGAAUUUUGAUAAAAGACCUUCACAUGUUCCCUCGAAAAUCCAACUCAAACAAGAGAUCAAGCCAAGAGAUCCUGUAAAAUGGCUUGAAUUUGUAAACUAGGUGGUUGGAAAUCAAGAUGAAAAUGACAUGUUUUAAAAAAGCAUUGCUGUUCAGCGAUGACGCACAUAUUCAUCUAAGCAAGAUCGUGCGAUUUAACACCGUGUGACUACUUUCUUUGGGGAUGUUUAAAGUCGCUUGUUUUUGCCAAUAAAUCUCAAACAACCCAAGACCUGAAGGAGGAAAUUAUUCGUGCCAUUAAUGGAAUUCAACAUGAAGUGGGUGAAAAAGUUAUGGAAAACUUCGUCAAUAGAUGUCUGGCUUGUCAGCAGGCAGCAGGUGGGCAUUUAAGAGACAUAAUAUUCCAUUACUAAUCGGAGAUACUAUGCUUUAAGAUUCAUGUUUCAUAUCGUAAAUUUAGCGUGAAAAUAUAUGGUUUAUUCAAAUUUUAAAUCCGGCGUUCUUAAUGGGACACCCUUUACUAGAAACAAAAUUUUGUCGUCACUAUAACGAUCAGUGUUAACAGACAUGACUAGGAGAGUACAGAAACCUAUUCCUGUUGAUUGCAGGCUUGUAUAGUGUGGAAAAAAUAUUAAAAAUCGGCUGAUUUUGACGACCCCUAGUGGAAGUUCAGUCCAGACCAAUCUUCAGUCCAGAAAGUCUGAGGAUGUUUGCGGUUAACACUUACAGUAGAACCUUGAUAAUAAGACUAUCAUAUUGAUUAUUAAAUAAGACUUGCUAUCAAGGUUGACUUCUUAUUCAUGUUUGCAAUAAUUAUUGUGUACAAUAUAGUUUGUUAUUUUGUUAAGUUUUUGUUUUAUACACCAUUAAAUGUAUAUUGUAUGACUGUUCGAUUAGAGAACUUAAUUAAACUCUUAUUACAUGUUUUUGAGAGUGAAAGACAUAGUUAUACAAGAUGUAAACAAACCAUUUUGUAUGUUGAAACUAUUAUUUAGUUUCAAUUUUUUUAGUCAUACAAGUUUAAAAAAAAUGCAACAUUUAAAAUUAAUAUAUGGUAAAAGUUCUCUGGAUUUUAGAGUUUUUAACA